CAUGGAGCAGAAGCCGAAACGAGGCUAACACCGCGGCUCGUGGCGUUGAACGGUAAACGCGCUGAUACAUCCUCCUCCUCCUCCUCCAGUCCCCGGUGUAACGUUAUCUGAACCCUUGUUACCGGCGGGGAACGACAGCUCUUCUCUCUGGCUCCCGUUAGCUCGUAGCACGCUGUGGACGGUUGGUGUGUCUUUAAGAUGGUGUUCUUCACCUGUAACGGCUGUGGGGAGUCUCUGAAGAAGGCCCAGGUGGAUAAACAUGUGAACAUGUGCCGGGGCUGCCAGGUCCUGUCCUGCAUCGACUGCGGAAAGGACUUCUGGGGCGAUGACUACAAGAACCACAACAAAUGUAUCAGCGAAGAUCAGAAGUAUGGAGGCAAAGGCUACGAGGCUAAGGCAAACAAAGGAGACGUGAAGCAGCAGCAGUGGAUCCAGAGAGUCCAGGAGGCCAUGAACAAACCUGGAGUCAGUGCAAAGCUCAAGGAUGUGCUCAGACAGGUCAGCACAUAUGACAACGUCCCGAGGAAGAAGGCUAAGUUUCAGAACUGGAUGAGAAACAGUCUUAAAAUAGCAAACACCGGUCUUCAUGAUGAAGUGUGGGACAUUCUCGCUGCAGCUGAUAAUCCUCCCGAGGCCCCCCAGCAGACUAAAGAGGCUGAACAGACAGUGGCUGCAGUCAAGAUGGAUACUAAUGGAAAUGAAAAGCAGGACAGCCAUCCAGACGUCGAGAAGAAGAAGAAACUGAACAAACGGGAGCGUAAAGAGGCCCGUCAGCAGAAGAAUGGGAAGGUUUUGAAGGGUGCUGAAAAGACUGUCGCACAGGAGCCAGAAGAAGAUCAGACGGGCAAAAAGAAGAAAAGGGACAGAAAGAGAAAGCACAGCUCUGAGGAAGAGGGAGAUGAAGAGCAGAACGGGCAUGGUGCUGAAGAUGAGACAUCCAGCAAGAAAAAAAAGACAAAUGACCAAGAGGAGUCAGAGGAGACUGAGGACCAAGCUGUUCCCAAAGGUAAAUUCAACUGGAAGGGAAAUAUAAAGGCCGUACUGAGAGAAUCACCUGACCAGGAGCUGCAAGUAAAGAAGCUCAGGAAGAAGGUUUUGUCAGCGUACUACUCUUUCACUGGUGAUGGGAAUUUUAAAACGGAGGAGGAUGUGCUAGCACUUUUCAACAAGAAGAUCAACAACAAUCCCAAAUUUAGAGUCUUAAAAGACCGAGUUAGACUUGUAAAGUAGAUAUGUUUUAUCUCACCCGUCUGGCAUGAAAUGUAUGUUGUUCAUAGACUUUUACAAUUUAAACGCCAUUGUUGUCUGUCAUCCUCGCUUGGAUGUUUUUAUACAGAUGACAUAAUCUCAAAGAUUAAAUAAUUUUAUAAGUGAA